AGGCCCAUACCAAUAUUGAUAUUUGAGAGUUUAAAAAAAAUCAGAUGAACACAAAACAAAAACAGACAUGUUUGAAAAAGAUACAAAUUUGGAAAUGAAAGAUAAUGUGACCAAGAUACAGCUAAUAAACUGUAAAAUAUCAAAUACACCUCCAUUUUAAACUCAAAGGUCAGCACUGUCAAGAGGGUUUACAGUUGUCAAACGGUCCGAAUUUGCAUGUCAAAUUUCACCAAAGUCAAACAAAUUUAAUUUCGGUUGGAAAUUUCACAGUUGUAAAUGCUGAAGAGCCGGGGCAGUGUCAUCUAAACAGCUUCUACACACCCAUGCAGUGUUGAAAAACAACCUAAAAUAACUCCAACCACCUGUGUGGGCGUACCAUGGGUGUACAGGGCCGUCACAGCUGUGUUUGUGUGGUUGAUAACCUAUUUUGAUAGUUAAAGCAUUUCUGUUGAAAAUAUAUAAUUUAUAUAUGAUUAACAUUUCUUUACUUAUUAACAAGUACUUUACCUAAUCUAAUCUAACAUUUAAUAAUGAUAAUAAAAUAAUUCAAUAUUCCUUUCAGCCACCAAACAUUUCAUACCAGCGAUUACUCUUAAAGUAGAGGCAGCUUGUGGUUUUCAGAGUAAGUGUAAAGGAAAUUAAUGAGUAUGUGUGUGUCUAUCAAUGUUGGUACUUUUGAGUGAUAUUUGUUGCAUUGGGGUCAGGACUGUGGUGAAGGGUCUGAACUCCCCAUUUCCUCUGUGCUGACGGGUUAGAGGUGUGAUGUUGGGGGGAGAGGCGGAAGGGGCUUAUGUUUUAUAAAAGCCAAGAUCAAAACUUGACUGAUCAGAAAGACGGAGAGAAGUUUGCUUAAGUUUGUGUUGAGAGAGACUCCACUCAACAGUUGAAGGACAAAGCUAGAAGAUGAGAUUCAGCCUGGUGUUAGCCGCUCUUCUCUGCUUCACCACAUGGAUGAGCGUGGGCCAUGCAACCAAUGCCCCGGUGUCCAGCUGUUGUCUCCGCUGGUCUAACACUCUAAAACGAGUCCGACUUGAACGAAUUCUGGAUUACACCAUUCAGUCUGACGGCACCUGUCCAAUCACAGCCAUAGUGUUUCAAACAAAACGUGGACGAAGUAUUUGCUCCGACCCUAACAGUGACCGCACAAAAGUGGCCAUUCUGAAAGUGGACGAGGAGAAAAAAGAAGCAUUGCAAGAGAAGGGACAGAAUGAAGAAGGAUUAACAAGCGACAUCACACCAACAGUGUCCACUACAUCAAAGAAAACACCACAGAGGAAAGGCAGACAUGGAAGGAGACGCCAGGGGAAGAAGUCCAGGAGAGGGAGGAAGGGGCAGAGAAAACAUCUGUGAGGAAUCACAAGACAAAUCAAAGCUACCACAGUCAGCAAACUUUACUCUUUCCAAUUGGACUUGUCCUGCUAUAUUGCACGAAUAGUAAACAAACCUGAAA